UGGUGGUCCGUACACCUUAAACCAAAACGGCUUCCCCUUGUACGGAUCAAAAUAUUCGGGGUCCAUCUUAACGAAGACUUUGCGUUCAAGAAGUUUUACCCCAAUCAAUCUCCAUUACAACUGUUUGAUCUCUAAUUGGUUGAUUGGUUAGCUGAUCGUCGCGGAGAUUGAUCGAAUUGAGCCCUAGAGUCUGGAGAAAUUCAAGUUUUUCUUUUGUAAUCCUGUCCUUUUUUUAUUAUUAUUAUGGUAAAAGAUUGAAGAAAUUCUAGGGCAAUGUUAAUCCCUUAGAAAAAAAAAGUGAAAAUGGAAGAAAAGAGGAGAUUACCAUCAUGGAUGAUAGGUGCAUCAAGAACUAAUAAACUGAGUAAAACCCUUGACAAGGAUGUGAACGAUAAGGACGAAGUGAAUGUUGGGACCAAAUCUGAAGUACCCAAAGCGAAAGGUGUAUCCCUGAAGCACAAAAAAGAGUUCUGCCAUUCCAGCGAUGACAAGAGUUUUCUAGUCAAGUGUGAAACAAAAAGAAAGAAAAGAGGAAUUGAUGAAAAAGAUGUGAUUGAGUCUCAUGACUUCAAGCAAGAAGUCGUUCUUGAGAAGAAAAAGCUUCGAAAGGUUAGGAGGAAGGUUGAAGAACCCGACCAUUCAAGAACAAAGGAAGAACAUACAGCUCAAUCUUCUGAUGAAGAUGAUGAGGAUCUGACCAUUGAUGAUCUAUUAAGCAUUGCAAAACAGUUUGUUGAAAAUGAAAAGAGUGAUAUGGAUCACCAGAAGUCAUCAGAAGGACUAUUAAAAAGAAAGUCUUCACAUUCUUCUUCUUCUUCUUCUUCUUCUUCUGUAAUCAAAACUUCCCUCAUUGCCCCUCAAGCUACUAAAUCACCUGCCCAGGAAGAAACUCCUUUACAUUAUGAGUCUACUGAGACUACAACAGGGGAUCCAGCUCAAGACAUGCUUGAUUUGCUUUUGGGGCCUUUACUAAAGAAAUCAAUAAGAAAAGAAGAGGAUGCUUCUAUUAAGGAUAUGAUUCUUACCCAUGGAGUUACCAAUCAACAACAACAUGAUGCUGUUGUUUCCAACAAACCACUCAACCUAACAAAGAAGAAAAGCAGCCUCAGGGAUGCAGUAGCAAUGCUUCUUGAUUGAGAAAGCUUACAUACAGAUACAUGAUUUUAUGAAGUUUUUAGCUUGUAAAUAUAAUAUAUAGAACAUGUUUUUGAAGUUUUUGCACUAGUUGAUUGUGAGAUUGAAGAUAUAUAUAGGAGGGUGUGGUUUUUGUCAUUUUAGUGAUUUAUAUUUAAAAUUGAGUAAAUAUAUUAGAGAGCAGUAUGUGUCUUGUGUAA